AUGGUUUCGUCAAGUUCGAUAAUAUAUGCCGCUCUGAUUGGCUCUUCCUACGCCCAAUCCUCCAAAUAUGGAGAGCUGUCUCUACCUACAGGAGUUCCAAUACCGGGAACCUAUAGCGGUGCCCUUCGACCACAGGUCCAUUUCUCUCCUCCCCGGGAGUUCAUGAACGAUCCCAGUGGGAUGUUUAUUGACGCAAACGGGAUGUAUCACUUCACUGGGGCCCAUGCAACCUCCAACGACCUGUACCAUUGGGUUAACCAGCAAAUUGCCAUAUUCCUUCCCGACGCGCAUUCUAAUAUCUAUUCGGGAUCGGCGGUGGUGGACGUGAACAACCUGUCGGGGUUCUUUCCGCAUCAAAACAACGGCGUGGUGGCUGUCUACACCAUCAACACUCCCACGUCUCAAACGCAAGCACUUUCAUAUUCCAUUGAUGGUGGAUACACUUUCCGACCAUACUCUGGUAACCGGGUGCUGAGCGACAACUCGAGUCAGUUCCGCGACCCCAAGGUCAUCUGGAACGCGCCCACCCAGCAGUGGGUGAUGGGGGUCGUAUAUGCGCAGGCUCUCACCGUUGGGUUCUUCACCUCUCCCAACCUAAAGGACUGGGAACGUGAACCGAUCUACUUGCUCACCAUCAGCAUCAAUUCCGGCGCGCCCCUCGGUGGCUCCAUAACGCAAUACUUCCCGGGCUUCUUCAACGGCAUCAUCUUCACGCCCGUGGAUGGUGCAGCGCGGAUUGGCGAUUUUCGGCAAGGACAAUUAUGCGGGCCAGUUCUUCUACGGCAUCCCCGGCGACCGCGAUCAAAUAUCCAUUUCCUGGACCAGCAACUGACAGUACUCGCCGCUGGUGCCUACCGGACCCUCGGAGGGCUGGCCCGGGUUGGCUAUGAUUUGGUAUCCGUGCCGUACAGCUUGUCGCUCGUGAUCAACACCACCUCAUCCCUGGUUCAAAAAACCAUGGUGGGCAACAGCAGCGUCCGCCUGGACUAUUCCUCAUUCGCCUCGGGCGCCCUGUACUUCCAGAUCAACAUCACCGAUAUCCUGACCGCCAACAUCAGCGGUACCGCAAACUUCACCUUCCUGUCGUCCCGGGGCAACACGCGCGGGUUCGAUAACCUGUUCUUCACGGACAAGUUCUCCACUGGCUGCCCGUACAAUUCCUCCGCGUCUUCAUACACGUGGCGCGUCGAGGGCGUGAUCGACCGGAGCAUCCUCGAGGUCUUCAUCAACGGCGGCGAAUCGUCAGCCACCGUGACCUUCUUCCCGGAGCAGGCGCUCGAUACCCUGGCGAUCAGCGCGGGCGAUUUGAACCCCGGCGUGGCUGUGUGGGCGGUGGUGCACGGCCUGGACAGCGCGUGGGCAACCUUCGAGGACGUCGACGGAACCGUGCUGGGCAACGUUCACCGGGCACAAGUGACAGAGAUCAGGAGAGGGAUACCUACUCGGUUCUAA